AUGGCGUUCGGGUCCACAGAAAUAGAACGCGACCAUCCGUACGUGGCCCGCAAUGACACCACGUUCAGUGGCCGUAAGAUAAAAUACGUAGUACUACAGACGGGUGAGGACUACCUUACCCCAACCCAGCGGGCUUAGCGCCAGAUCAGACGACUGAAGGAGCUGCUCUCGCAAGCUCGCAUAGACCUGGAGCAGCGUGAUACUGAAAUUCUAAGACUUACUAAAGAGGUUGUUGAGCUGCGGCUCUUCAAGGCAUCGCUCAGUUCCCCGGAGGAACGUUCAAAUUCCAGUGACGCCGUAACGGUGCGGGAGAACACCACCAACGAUGCAAACACGCCCAGCUCUCAGGGUAUUUAACCGAUUGCGGAUCAAACGGACUAGUGUAGCAAAGCUAGUCCCCGGCAUCAUCUGCACAAUCAUGGCAUCCACCAGGUGCAGUUCAUGGACAAGAUGUCCACCUCGGAGAUGCAGAGCUCGUUUGCCGAUUCUAGACAUUUCAAGGACGUUACGACCUCGUCGAUCCAUUCCAAGGAUUCGUACGUACACACGCAGGAUUGUGCUUGCGGAAGCGACAAUUAAAUUGAUGCCGAGAAGCAGUGGCUUGUCGAGAUGUACAAAGCUCGCAUUGAGUAGCUAGUUAAACAGCAACAGGCAGAUGAACAGCAGUAUCGCAUGUCCAACAAUGCGUUAGGACGGAAUUGAAACUCGUAGAACGAAUUUAGAAUCAAGAAGCAUUAGAGUAGAGAACUACUUCGGCCUAAUCGCCCAUUUUGGGCCUAUCGAGCAGAAAACUUCAAAUAAAUCCAUGAUUUCAUAGUUAACAAAUCAAUUAUGCGUUAGGUACGAUACUU